AUGACCACUGAACAAGCAGUUAAGACCACUGAACAAGCAGUUAAGACCACUGAACAAGCAGUUAAGACCACUGAACAAGCGGUUACGCCCGCUGAACAGGCAGUUACUACCACUGAACAA